AUGUCGUUUCCCAACCCUCCUGCGUACACUGCCUCUCCAGAAAGUGUUCCCGGUUUCGACAAGCUCCCAGAAAACGUCAAAGCCCAACUCACGGAGGUACACGUCCUGACUCAGUCACCCCAGGUGGAUGACGAUGCCGCAAAAAAGGCGGCUGAAGCGGUGAAGAAGGCACAGCCAAAGCUCAUCAAGGCCAUCGAAGAGUUGGGUCGUGGCGCUCUCGAAAUCGACGCCGCGUUCGAACGUGUUCGGAUUCAACUGGGCGACGUCGACAGCUUGGACUUCAAGGACAAGAAUGGAAACUCAGUUCAGAAGUUCCAGCCUACUUGGCUUGAAUACCAGCAGCGCUGGAAGGAUCUCCUCUGGGCCUCACGACAGACCGCGAUUGAGACCGAUGCCUAUAUUCAAGACUUCCUCGAGGUUAUUCUUCCCGGCAUCGAAUCAAUCAAGAACGACAAGGAUCUCGAGGAUGCAAAGAAGGAUCUAGCGGCUUUCCUAAAGCGAGCCCCGACCAGCGCUUCUGGGACCCCCGAUGAGAGCGCCGGGCCUACAAUCCACGAGAAGACAAUCGAGGAUUCUAAGCUGUACACCGACGGGUUCCAGAAAUUGAAGAACGAUGUCUCAGCAUACAAAGAGAAAAUCCUCGCUUUUACGGAAUCCCUCGGUGACAUUGAAAAGGAUCUCAACGGGAAAAUCGCAGCAGAACAGAAGAUAAUUGAUGAUGCGCAGGCUGAAAUCUCGAGCCUCGAUACAACCAUUACCGCCUUGGCAAGUAAACUCGAAGCGAUUAGCGUGUGCACUGGUGUCGGGGCUAUGAUCGGAUUCAUAUUUUGUCCCCUCUACUCGCUCGCUAUCCUCGGAGCUGGACUUAUCUAUCUCUCCAUCACCGCAAAGGAGCUGGAUGAUGUUAAGACUCACCGAGCAGAGCUCGUGAAAACCCGCGACGCCGCUAAAUCGAGGAAAGGAGAGUACGAGAAGAAGCUGGAAGACCUUAAGAACAUCAGGGCUACCCUUCAAGCCCAGGCUGACGGGGACAUAGCUCUGAUCGCGGCGAAGCUCUCGUGCUUGGAAAAGAUUUGGAUCAUGGUUCACGAAGAAGCUACUCGAAUCCACACCCAGUUGAAGGAGGUUUCUGCGAGGGAGGCUACCCAAAAGGCAUUCCUGAGUCGCAUCGCGAUCAUCAAGCAGAAUUAUAUCAAUUUCUCUGCUGCGCUGUCCUUGUACGCCACCAAUACUGAACUCGAGCAAGUCAUGAACGUCGACGAGCCCGAGGAGUGA